AUGACGCAGGGCUCAACAAGAAACAAAGGACAUAGAACUAGAACGUUAUCACAUGGCCACGACUAUAACCGUACCAUCAGCGCAAGUAUUUGGAGCAGUAAGAAUAUGGAUAUUUCUCAUUUCAAAGGCGACAUGCCCUCGUCUCGCGUCAAGCGCCUGGUUUUGAUUUACACAACAGAUUCCCUAGAGGACUAUUAUAAUAUCAUUUGCGCUAAUGCCACCAUAGGCCUUGUCCGGCAUCGUAAGAACAGCACAGUCGCAGUCUCACGCUCGACUCGACUAGGCGAUCUGAAUCUCGUCCACCACAUUUCCCAUCCUAGCAUUGCCACAAUCCAUGCCAUAUUUCUAAACGAGAAGAAGAGUUACGUCAUUUACGAACAUCUUGAAGUGGACAUUACGCACCUUGUCUUCACGAUAGAAGUCGAACUAGCGUCCGCCUUGUCCCAGCUGCUCGAUGGCAUUCAGCAUCUGAUCGCCAACGGCGUCCCGUUCUCUGCAGACAGCGUCCAGGUCUCCCUGUCAGGAAUCGUGAAAAUAGUGUUGAACAUCGGCUUUCGACCUUGUGACAAUUUGGUGGUGGAUCAGCACUACUGGGCCACUGUCUGUACCAAUAACGUAAAUCUGGAAAGGCGGCCCCUCAUGAGUUACCACGGGGAACACUACCGAAUCGAUCUCACAGCUUUCUGCAUCAAUCGCAGGGGCCCCAAGGCUUGUUAGCUGUAGUGACCCAAGCAUUGCAAGUAAAACAAGCCGCGGUACUUGCGCCCAAAUCACAUAAUUGGGUACCCUACAGUCUACAUCAGAGACUCUUGAUCGGGAACGCUGGUCUUUAG